CUCAAGAAUAUUGAAUCGAUUCUCGGUGCUGCUCUGAAUCUCCCUGGAGAAAUCAACCACGACUGGAUCCUGGACCAGCUGAGAGGCGAAGCCAUCUAUGAGCUGUGUCCGUUCCUCCCGCGGGUGCUUGAGCGCUUGCUGUCUCGUCACGUCACAUAUUACCAGCGGACCGAUCGUCCCGAAUAUCGAUAUGUCAAUCGAUUCCAAGCUGUCACGGAGCUGCAAGGCCGUCUUCCACAAACGCACACUCGGCCCAUGCCUACGAUGGAUCGACGAUUAUCUGAUCCCCUGGCUUUGCAUUGCUUUUGGAUGCGAUGACUCGAGUCAAGACGAUUUCAUCUAUCCAUGGCGGACGCGGUUGAUUCGACACUUUCAUCGGUGCUUCUUUGGUCUGAGGGUCAGCGAGCUCUUUGAAAUCAUUGUCGAGUUUCCGUACUCGCGAUGUGCGCUGUUGGAUCUCUUGGAGUCGCUGAAGGUGACGGAUCGCUCCGAGCUCCUAGUCAGCUCGCUAUCAAAAUCCAUCGGCAAGCGCUUGCUUCAACCGGGUGCAACCACCGCAACGAUUGUGGAUUUCUACAUCGCACUACAGAAGAGCGUACUGCUCCUCGAUCCAGUCGGUGCGAUGACGCAGACUCUAGGGGACCCCAUCAAGCAGUACCUCAGACAGCGAAGUGACACCGUCAAAUGCAUCAUAUCAAAGCUGAUCGAUAGCCCGGGGAGCGAAGGUGGACAACACGACGACGGGAACAACGACUUGGCUGUCGAAUCUGAAGAAGGUCCCCUUCCAGAAUCGAUCGUCCGAAAUCUGCUUAGCAUCUACGAUACUUACGAUGUGUUUGUCAAAGAGUUUCAAAGUUCUCUCGCGAGCCGGCUGUGCCGUUUGCCCAAUUACGACACCGUUCUCGAGAUGGCCCAAGUUGAGCACCUCAAGACUCGCAUCGACGAAUCAAACCUACAAAACUGCGAAGUGAUGCUGCGAGACAUUUUCGACUCCAAGAGGAUCGACAGCCUCAUUCACGAAACCGGUUUCUUCAAGCAGGUCCCACUCCACAGCAGGAUUCUGUCUCGGCAGUACUGGCCCCCUUUGGAACAGGAGAUGUUCAAGCUACCUGAUGCGGUGCAGAGUCAAAUGGAGGAGUACCAGAAGAUGUAUGGGGACAUCAAACAGGGACGAGCACUCAAAUGGAUACCGUCCGCUGGAACAGUCUCGUUGACACUCGAUUUGAAGGAUCGCCGGCUCACUCUAGACGUGACACCUUUCCAGGCAUCGAUCAUCUCGUGCUUUGAAAACCAAGCGGAAUGGACCCUUGCAAAGCUCGCGGCCCAUCUUGAAACUUCGGAUAGCACCCUCAAGAAGAGGAUGGCAUAUUGGAUAAAGAUGAAUGUCAUAUCAGAGCCGGCCGACGGCGUGUAUAGACUGAUCGAGGAGUUGGAUCCUCUUGCUCACGAUGCAGAGGUGAAAUCCGCGUUUGUCCCUGCCAACGACGCUCAUGGGAGGCCGGCCCAACGGACCACGGCCGAGCCCGAAGAAAUGUGGGCAUUCCAUAUUCAAACAAUCAUGGGGCUGUUCCCGGCGCUUACGGCUGAGGAGCUGCUGCAGAAGAUGCAAAUGAUGUCAUUUAAUGGAAAUGUGGAUAACGUCAAGGCGCUGCUCCAAGUCCUCGUUGUUGACGGAAAGGUUAAAGCCUGCGGGCAGACAUAUUCGCUCAAGCAGUAGCGGAACUUGGAGGGCAUGGUGAUUCCAAAGUCGCAUGUCCGGAUUGUAUUUUCGUAACCAUCCGACUAACAAAAUAUUAUAAGAGCAAAGCAAACACGGGAUGGCCCAUGUGCAAUGGGCAUAUAGGGUACAGAUGCAACAAAUGCUCAAUGGAAU